GUGACCGUUGACUAGUCUAAGUGAUCAUGGCUUUCCUACCUCAGAUCCUGUGUGUGCUGGUGCUAGCCGUGGUAGCCCAAGGAGGGUAUUUAGGAGGGUACGCUCACCCCUUAGCUCCAGUCUACGCCGCACCUCUACCCUACGUAAAACAUAUCCAGCCAGCUAUCGACUACUAUGCUCAUCCGAAAUACUCCUACAACUAUGGUGUAAAGGACUUCCAUACGGGAGACGUCAAGAACCAAUGGGAAGAAAGAGACGGUGAUGUGGUCAAGGGAGAGUACAGUCUGGUCGAACCCGACGGCACCAUCCGUACAGUCUCGUACACAGCCGAUGACCACAACGGUUUCAACGCAGUUGUACACAAGACAGGACACGCAGUACAUCCUCAUGCAGCCCCUGCGUACCACUCUCCCUACUACCACUAACUUCUAUAAUCAAUGCCUCUACUGUGACGUUGAGAAAAAUUCCUCUUUGGUAAAGCAAAUUUUGUGGAUUUCCUCUUUGGAAAACUACAAUAUUGCCUGACGGAAUUCGAGUGAGAUAAACUUGUUUUGAUUCAGAAGUAUUCUGUGACUUGACGAUGACCCUUUUUAGAUUAUUUAUCUUUAUAUAGUAUUCGUUUUCGAAUUCCCCUAAUCCAUUUUCUUAUAUUCGUUUCCUAAGUUCCUCAAGUUCCAAGUGGAUGUUUGGCUAGUUAUUGUGUCACUUGUACCUGUGUUCACGGAACUGCUUCUUAUGUAUAUAGUAUAGGUAUAUUUUUGUAUUUAGCUUUGCUCAUUUUGUAUCAACAGGAUUGAAUAAACACUAUUUUAAUGUAAA